AUGGCCGGGACAGCAGACGUGUCGCGCGUGGAAGCGCCUGUGACCAUGAAGGCGUACCUGAUGUGUGCUUUCGCGGCCUUUGGUGGCAUCUUCUUCGGCUACGACUCUGGCUACAUCAACGGCGUGCUGGGCAUGGACUACUUUAUCCACGAAUUCACUGGCCUGAACAAGUCUGACUUCUCGCCCGAAGAGGUCAAGGACAAGUAUGUCGUGCCGUCGUGGCAGAAAUCCCUGAUUACCUCUAUCUUGUCGGCGGGGACCUUCUUCGGUGCCAUCAUUGCCGGCGACCUGGCCGACUUCUUUGGCCGCAGAACCACCAUCAUUGCCGGAUGUUUCAUCUUCAACGUUGGUGUCGUCCUGCAGACUGCCUCUACCGAGCUCGGCUUGCUGGUUGCCGGUCGUUUGAUCGCCGGUUUUGGUGUCGGGUUUGUCUCUGCUAUCAUCAUUCUCUACAUGUCUGAGAUUGCACCUCGCAAGGUCCGCGGCGCUAUCGUCUCCGGCUAUCAGUUCUGCAUCACCGUGGGGCUGCUGCUGGCCUCUUGCGUUGACUAUGGAACCCAGGAGAGAACGGAUUCCGGAUCGUACCGUAUCCCCAUCGCGCUGCAGAUGCUGUGGGCUAUCAUCCUGGCUGUUGGUCUGUUCCUGCUCCCUGAGUCCCCCCGCUACUUUGUGAAAAAGGGCAACUUCGAUCGCGCCAAAUCUGCUCUCGCAUCUCUUCGUGGUCAACCAGUCGAUUCGGAAUUUAUCCAGCAAGAACUCGCCGAAAUCGUCGCAAACCACGAAUAUGAACUCCAGGUCAUUCCUCAGGGAAGCUAUUGGGCUUCGUGGAUCAACUGUUUCCGCGGCUCGCUCUUCAACCCUGCCAGCAAUCUCCGCCGCACCAUUCUCGGCACUUCGCUCCAGAUGAUGCAACAGUGGACUGGUGUCAACUUCAUUUUUUAUUUCGGAACUACUUUCUUCCAAUCCCUAGGCACCAUCAACAAUCCGUUUUUGAUUGGUCUUAUCACCACCUUGGUCAAUGUGUGCUCAACUCCGAUCUCCUUCUGGGCAAUUGAGAAGAUCGGUCGUCGUCCCUUGCUCAUCUGGGGAGCUCUCGGCAUGUUGAUCUGUGAAUUCAUCGUUGCAAUUAUUGGUGUGACCGUUGGCGAAAGACCAGAUGCAGUCAAGGCUAUGAUUGCUUUUAUCUGCAUCUACAUUUUCUUCUUCGCCAGCACCUGGGGUCCUGGUGCUUGGGUUGUCAUUGGCGAAAUUUACCCGCUUCCCAUCCGUGCGAGAGGUGUCGGGCUUGCGACUGCGUCCAACUGGCUUUGGAACUGCAUCAUUGCAGUCAUCACCCCAUACCUUGUCUAUUCCGACAAAGCCGACCUUGGCCCCAAGGUUUUCUUCCUCUGGGGCUCUCUUUGCGUCAUGUGCUUCAUCUACGCCUACCUGCUCGUCCCUGAAACCAAAGGCCUAACUCUCGAACAAGUCGACAAGAUGCUUGAAGAGACCACCCCUCGUACUUCUGCCAAAUGGAAGCCGCAUUCGACUUUUGCUGCUGAUAUGGGCCUCACAGAGAAGGAUACGCUUGGUGAACCAAUUAGUAUUGCAGUCGGCCCGGAUGGCAAGGGGGGCGAUGCUACUGUCUAA